AAUAUCCAUAGAAACAAUAAUUUGGAUAUCUUUGCUCCACACUUUCUUAUAACAAAUUAUUGGUGGAGCUGUCCUUCAUGAUGGGUCGAUUGCAGAGAUGAAAACCGGGGAAGGGAAAACCUUAGUGUACACUUUAGCAGCUUAUCUCAAUGCUCUAAGGGGGGAGGGUGUUCAUGUUGUUACAGUAAAUGACUACCUUGCUCAACGAGAUGCUGAAUGGAUGGAGCAUUGUGGUGGAAAUGGAUCGAACACUUCUGUGAUUAACGAGCUCGAAGAAAUUGCGAAAGCAGUCGGAUGGGUGACUUUUGUGUUCGAUUCAGGCGAGGGUCCUCAUUCGAAUUGGAAGCUUUUAACUUGCGAAAAAAGAUUGUAAGCAUUUUUUUUUACAUCAUAUAAUAUAUAUAGCUUAUAGGAAAGGGAAGAGAAAAAGGAUAAAUAAUUUAUUUAUUUUUCUUAUGUAUAAUUUUCAAAAUGUAAACUUGGACAUGGAAACUCCUUGAUUAUAUUGUUGUAAUACAAAAGAAACAAAUUCAAAAUUA